AUGCAGAUCUUCGUCAAGACCCUCACCGGCAAGACGAUCACGCUCGAGGUCGAGUCGUCGGACACGAUCGACAACGUCAAGGCUAAGAUCCAGGACAAGGAGGGCAUCCCGCCCGACCAGCAGCGCCUGAUCUUUGCCGGCAAGCAGCUCGAGGACGGCCGCACCCUGUCGGACUACAACAUCCAGAAGGAGUCGACCCUCCACCUCGUCCUGCGCCUCCGUGGCGGCAUGCAGAUCUUUGUCAAGACCCUCACCGGCAAGACGAUCACGCUCGAGGUCGAGUCGUCGGACACGAUCGACAACGUCAAGGCUAAGAUCCAGGACAAGGAGGGCAUCCCGCCCGACCAGCAGCGCCUCAUCUUUGCCGGCAAGCAGCUCGAGGACGGCCGCACCCUGUCGGACUACAACAUCCAGAAGGAGUCGACCCUCCACCUCGUCCUGCGCCUCCGUGGCGGCAUGCAGUAG